AUGUCUGCACUACUGGUCGACGGUUCUGUGCGAGUAUCCCCCGACAUUAUUGAGCGCAGGCUGAUCAGCCCUCCGACUUUCUUGCUUCCGCCGACGGAAAGGGAAGACAUCCCAGCAAAGGUGCUGAUCGUCACGCGCUCCGCGACUGGCUUGAAAAUGUCAAAAAUGAUGCAUAUGGGCGAUUUUAAGCACUUUGUGUAUGCGGUGCCUGCAGGUGGCGACGGUGAUGCGACCGAGAGAGUUACUAUCCAGCUGAACUUUGCUGUUUCGGUCAAGGAAGGCCCUGUUGUCCUCUGCCAAGAAGAGCACCAGGACUAUGCCUGGGUCGCUUUCGACGACCUCGCGAAGUACGAGCUGACUGCGGGCAUGGACAUGGUCGUCAAAGAUGCUCUUCAAUGGGCUGAAGCGCAUGCGCCACGUCAGGUGCCAGUGUCCCACUGA